UCUGUGCUGCUGCCAGCCACACAGUAAAGUCGUACCGUGCCGGGGUCCGUGGUAGUGGUAGGGUCGCGGCAUGUUGCUGAUAUGGAGGGACGCUGUCCCACGCUGUUACGAGGGGUUGAUCCUGCCUCUUGUUUUAUUGUGUUGCUCGUGCCCACCGUUUCGUUCCCCCCAACCACGUUCGCUGUCGUUGGUAUUUCUUCAGGCCUCCCUCGUUUCGGCUGAACGGCUUCACAACUAUGGCGGCUGUGGCGCAGAGUCAUGUUCAAGAUGACGUACAUCCACUUCUGAGGCAUCCUCGGCCGAUUAAGAGGGAUUCUGCAAAGGCGCAACGCAUGCUUGGCUUGAUCGCAGAUUCUGAGGAAGCGCUGAGAAACUUGCAACGCGAAAAGUCGGUAACAACACGAUGGUUGGAACGACCGAUGUACGAGCAUUUGGGGGUUUCCGAUGUUGAAGAAGAAAAGGAUGAGCCUCGGGAGGUGAUCAAAGAGCAGAAGACGGAGGUCGUCAUCGAGGAGGUGGUGAUUGAGGACAAACCAAUCGAGGAGAAGCCAAAGGAGGACAGCGACUCCGACCUGUUGGACAAAUGGACGAAUCCAAACCGCCCAGCAUCCUCUUUCAAUCCUGAAGAGACAUUGAGCAAGCUCCCGGAGACGGAACCAAGCACGAAAUUCAACACAUCCCCCGUUAAGCGACGACCGCUACCGCUCACACGACCCACAUCAUACAACGCGCAACACCUGCUAUCGCCAGAAUGGAUCGCUUCGCCAGCCACCAUGAGCCCUAAUACACCAGGUCAACGACCUGUAUCAUCGUAUCUUGACAGCCCGGACAAGUCAAGGAGCAGCAUUUCUUCCCGAGGCAGUUGUGAAUGUGAGAGGCCACAGGUAAAUUCUACGCAGUGGACAUAUCCGCCGAUGAACGAUGCGAAUGGUUCACAGAACCAACGACCCAUCUCAUAUCAUCCUCAAAGCUUCACUGCACUCGACAGCCCACCAAUGCAGUCGCGGCCACGACCUACAUCCUUCGCAACCUACCAUCAACGAAAUCGCUCCGGCACUAAGAUUGCCUCUUCGCGAGGCCUACGGAACAACAGCUACCCACAGAACCACUCGCGUCCCGUGUCAGGGUGUGCACCCAAAGCUGUUGCAGGAGAGAAUAUCGAGAACGAUAUGGUUUACCAGCAGUACGGGGAUGACGAAGUCGGUCCACCUACGCCUGUAACAUCCUCAAGACUUGCGUUUUCACCCCCACCAGUAUUUGCUGCUACGCCAGCGACGCCAAUACACUCCACACUGGAUGCUUUCGCGACAUCGGAAGAGAAAAACAAGCCAGAGAAGAAGAUCAAGCAUAGAUGGUCAACCAUACCACAAGCGUUGAAGAACUUUGGCGCUAGAAGAAGAGACUCUUCAGCUCAGCAUGAGCAACCAAAGUUUGCGACAGUUGUUGAAGACCUACGGAGAAUGAACUUGACGCAGGAAAACCUGCAGGUCUACGAAGCCGAAGCCAAUCAAGACCCAGCAGCAUCCAAACGUCUGUCGGCGGUCGACCUCAUCCCGACACCGACCUACUCGCCCUUUGACAUGAACGUCAAAUCUGCACAACUCGAAGCACCCCUCCCAGCACCCUUCGCGCCAUGGGCCGACGCCCCACCAAGCCCCGCCGCUUCCGCAGAGCGACGCCGCAGCAGCGGUAACUCGCUAUCACCAACUACACUACCCUCACAGCUAUCCAACGAAAACUUACGGCAAGUACGUCCCGUAUCGAUGCAAUCCCAAGGACGUCCAGUUUCGUGGCAAUCCCAAGCACGCCCCGUGUCGAUGCAAUCCCAACGUAGCAGCAUAGUCGCCCUUCCGUCCCCGAACAUUACCUGCACCGCUCCCCAACCAUACCAGCGCCCCGCCUUCGACGCUUCUCUUAGUCCUCGGGCGAUGACCCCUAGUUCCCGCCGCAACACACCAGCCAUUGAACGCACGUGCAUUCUCUGCAAGACAUCAAGACCAGUAUUCGACUUUAGUGAGCGCAGGAUUACAACCAAUUGCUGGCACGAGCCUGCGACUUGCGUUGGGUGCUUGCAAGCGUGGGUCAGGCAGUGUGCGGGUAUGCAUGGACUGGACAGAUGUACAUGUCCUGAGUGUGGAGAGCUUAUGGCGAGGGAAGAUGGGGGCUUGGGGUGAGGUUUCGCCGAUUUGAGGUGCACGACGGUAUACAUUCCUUGCCAGGGGGGCUUGAUGACAAUGUCUGCAUGUAUAUGUCAAAGCAUAAUAGCGCUCUUGUAUUAUUCUCCUUUCUCUUUGGCCAACGCAAUGUAUCGGCUGCUUCUCGUUAGUGGCUAGACUGCUUUAGUAUAAUGUAUUCAAUAUCAGAUAAACUCAUCAUGUAAACAGCCUGGUAUCUUCACAUCUGUUCACGUUAAUUGAUCA